AUGGCAGGACCGGCAUUUAGAAAGUUUCCUCUCCUCUUUGACCGAGUAUUAGUUGAAAGAAGUGCAGCCGAAACGGUAACCAAAGGAGGCAUUACGCUUCCCGAAAAAUCACAAGGAAAAGUGUUGCAAGCAAAGGUAGCAGCUGUUGGAUCAGGCUCCAAAGGAACGUGUGGAGAGAUUCAACCAGUUAGCGUGAAAGUUGGGGAUGAAGUUCUUCUCCCAGAACAUGGAGGCACCAAAGCAGUUCUAGGUGACAAGGAUUAUUUCUUAUUUAGAGAUGGUGACAUUCUUGGAAAAUAUGUUGACUGA